CUCCAUCCUCUUCUUGUAUCGAGUUUGCUGGUCUCCCUCGCCCACUCUCUCGCAGCCGCCAUCUCUAGAAGCUUCCAGGCUACCCAGAGUCCCAGACCAUGGCAGGCGAAGCCAAGGCCCCGACCCUCGCCGAGGAAUAUUCACUCCCACCACAAGAGGUUCCUGCGGAAAAAGCAGCUGAGGAGAAACCUGAAAUUGCUACUGAGGCUGAACCUGUCCCUGCAUCAAAUGAUGAAGCCCCUCCAGCUGCUGAGGCGCCAGCUACUGUAGAAGAUAAGAGUGAAACAUCUGUGCAAGAUGAUGUUGACAAGUCGGAAGCAGAGGAAACCAACACUGCAACAGAGGAAGCAACUGAGACUGCUGAGGAAGAGGCUGAAGAGAAAGCAGAAAUCAAGAUUGAGACAGCACCAGCAGAUUUCCGUUUUCCAACAACUAAUCAAUCAAGGCACUGUUUCACGCGCUAUGUUGAGUAUCAUAGGUGUGUUGCUGCGAAAGGAGAUGAUGCCCCUGAAUGUGACAAGUUCGCAAAAUACUACCGAUCUCUUUGCCCUGGUGAAUGGGUUGACCGUUGGAAUGAGCAACGGGAAAACGGCACCUUCCCAGGACCUCUGUAAUCUUGCGUAAAGGGAAAACUCUGCCUCUCUGAUUGAUGACAGGUUAUGGGAGCUGGAGGGAUCGUCUUUCUUUUUUGGAGAACUUUAAAAAUAAAUAUUCUUCAGUUACCUGGAUGAUGUCUUAGGACUCUUCCUAACGAUCACUUCCCGCCAGGGAUACGUGCAUUAUGGCUAUAAUUUUCGUGCUACUGUUCUCUCAGGAUGAUGAGGUUGCUCGCCUGGAGAAAAUACAUGUUGACAUAAAUCUUGUCAUGUUCAUGCUUUGUUAUCUUCACUGUAA